ACGACCUCUGCGAUAAGCAACUUCUUUCUUGCCAUGGUUCUCAACCCCGCUGCGCAGGAGCGGGCACAGAAGGAGAUUGAUACUGUGGUGGGGGCGGGAAGGCUUCCCUCUUUCGAUGAUAGGGUUUCACUACCCUACGUGGAGGCAGUGAUCAGGGAAGUCCUUCGAUGGCGGGCUGUUGUACCACUUGGUGUGUCGCACGCCAAUACAGAAGACGAUAUAUAUGAUGGCUUCUUCAUACCGAAAGGGACGACAGUCGUUAUGAAUAUAUGGGCUAUGCAUAUGGAUGAGCGAGUCUACGUAGAUCCGGAAAGCUUCGAACCCGAGAGGUUC